UUGGCUCGUGGGGAAAUAUAUGAAAGCUAAAUUCUCGUGCAAUUUUUCAAAACUUCUCUUCUAUUUCUUCUUUAGCUGUGCUCGACUGGUAUCCUGUCUCUUCUCGGUUUUCUUCUCUCUCUUCUUCAAGACUUCAAAAGCUUUCUUCAAUUCUUCCGCUGGUCGUGUCCUUAUUAUACAACUCUACGCCUAUUACUUAGUGUCACCGUCCCGCAGACCACCCUUCGCCUCUUCUUCCAAGAGCCGUGCUACCCGAAUCACACCAACAGAUACCGACUACCCGAACAGAUCGACAAGAUGGUCAACCGCUACCUCUUCGCCGUUGCCGGCCUGGCCGCUCAGCUCAACGCUCUGCCCUUGAACAUCAACUUGGGCGCUUAUUCACCUGCCUUGGUGGUGGGUGAUGGUGAAAUUUCAUUUGGCGGUAGAAACGACGUCUCCCAGUUAAUGAACGUACUGGAGGGCGCCGCAGUUAAUGCUGCUCAAGGUGCUGCGAAUGCUCCGGCCGCCGCCCCUGCCGCUCCCGCGGCACCUGCCACUCCGGCCACCCCUCAGCAGCCGCCUCAGCAAGCCGCUGCUUCGGUCGGGGGUGCUACGCCGGUGACCGCUACGUCCUCGGACAACCAGAUCAACGAGGCCCAAGCUAUCGCAGCCCUCCAAGGAAUGGGCAAGGAGAUCGCUCCUCGUGUACAGCUCACCAAGGCCCGUCCCGCCGAGAAGCGAGAUCUCUCCGGAUUCGACCGCGCCCUGAAGUACGCCGAGGCCGCCCUGGUAAAGGGACCCAAGGUGCAGCUUGGCACUGGCCAGGAGGGCUCUGGUGUCGGCAUGAUCAUCGACAACAACCAGCAAGCCGCGGCUCGCCCUGGAACUGGAGGCGCCGCUGAGGCCGCUCCCGCCGCCCCUGCUACCCCCGCUGCUCCCCGCCCUGCCGGCGCCAUUGUUGCCCAGCAGAAGGUCAAAGCCCGCUCCGACGAGGUCCAGCAGCCCCCUCGCCGCCGUGCCAAGGUCACCACCAUGUACGUUCGCUCUGGCGUUCCUGCUGGCGUCGAGAUGACCCCUGAGAAGCUCGUUGCCCGCGAUCCUUCCGUCCCCGUUUCCCAAGUCGUUCCCGCCACUAACAACAACGUCGUCAAGCGCGCCGUAGAGGAGCUCAACGCACGAGGCGUAAGCGGUGGUGCCAUUGACACCGUCAACCUGAACGUCAGCGGCGAGGGCGUCACCAUGACCUUUGUCGAGACUCAGGCCGACGAUGUAGAGGACGAGCAGUAAAUGCUCUUCUCGCGUGUGUGUUCCUGGAAACCCAAAAGAGUUUAUUCAACCAAACCCCCCAAAAUUGAGAACGUUGCCACGAUUUGUUUUUUCUCCUCCUCAACUCAUUCAAAAAAUUUACGAUUCCCGGCCUCAGCCCUAAUCCCUCGCCGAGAUCCUUCCGCUUCUCACUCUGACUCAACCGGGUUACGGCUCACUACGCAAACCAAUGGGUCUCGGCUUGCCUUCGCUUUUCACGGGCCUCAAACCUCCUUGUCUUUAUUUUAACGCCAUGAUAUCAAACAUUUUGGGAAAGGUGGUGUGGGUGUUCGUUCUAGACAAAUCACUAGCAUUCGGCGUGUACAAUUU